AACUAAAUAAAAAUCCACAGUCAGCCUGCUGCAGUCGGUCCUCUGCUCGAGUAACGAAGACGCCCUGACUCCACGUCUCCUGCUAACAUCGUUUUGUUUUCCCGUUAAAAGCAGGGCUCUCAUUCAGCAACAUGCCACCCAAGAGACGAGCUGCAGCUGCUGCUAAGGCAGGAGGAAAGAAGGUGAAACAGGAGGCGGCACCCAAGCCCAAAGAUGCCUUCACCUCUGCUAAGGAGGCCCUUCUGGCUGCAGGGCCACAAGUGAAAGGCAAGAGGAAGGUGGAUGAGCACUGUCCUCUGUCAUCCUCUGGAGAGGUAUAUGAGGACUAUGACUGCAUGCUCAAUCAGACAAACGUUGGACAUAAUAAUAAUAAGUUUUAUGUCGUCCAAAUCAUUAAAGCAGGCAACAAGUACUAUUCCUGGAACAGAUGGGGCCGAGUGGGGGAAGCGGGACAAAACAAACUUAACCCCUUCGAUAAGGUUGAGAAUGCUGUCAAGGACUUUGAGAAAAAGUUUAAGGACAAGACAAAGAACAACUGGAGCGACCGGAUGGAUUUUGUGUCUCACGCGGGGAAGUACACCUUGAUAGAGGUGGACGGAGAGGAGGACGCUGAGGUCACGGUGGACACUGUCGAUGGGAAGGCGGUCAAAGUUUCGAAAAAUGUCCUGCCUUGCACCCUUAAUGAAGCUACACAGGACCUCAUCACUCUAAUUUUCAGCAAUGACAUGUUUAAAGAGGCCAUGGAAUGUAUGAACUUAGACAUCAAAAAGAUGCCUUUGGGCAAGCUCAGUAAGGUGCAGAUUGCAAAGGGCUUUGAAGUUUUGGAGGAGCUUGAAGCAGCGAUGAGCCAAAAACGCGGAAGACAGCGUCUAGAAGAACUUUCCUCAAAGUUCUUCACCACAGUCCCGCACAACUUUGGCAGGCAAAGACCGCCAACCAUUGACAACAAUGAGAUUAUCGAAAAGAAAAAAGAGAUGCUUAUGGUGCUGGCCGACAUUGAGCUUGCCCAAACUCUGAAGUCAGAGACUGAGAAGGCUCAGGAGGAGAUGGUAGAGACAGUUCCUCAUCGUAUCGACCAAGACUACAAUUCUCUCAAAUGCAGGCUCACUCUAAUGGACAAGAGUUCAGAAACAUUCAAGAUCAUUGAAAAAUACCUGAAAGCGACUGCAGGUGACUAUCGCAAACCAAAAAUUGUCAACGUUUGGGAAGUUGAUCGAGAAACAGAGGGAGCGCGCUUUAACGAGAAUGACGAUCUGGAAAACCGCCGUCUGCUGUGGCACGGUACAAACAUAGCGGUGGUGGCAGCUAUCCUGAAGAGUGGUCUGAGGAUAAUGCCCCAUUCAGGAGGCCGCGUUGGUCGCGGAAUCUAUUUUGCAUCGGAAAACAGCAAGUCUGCAGGUUACGUGAGCUGUUGUAAAAAUACUGGAGUGAUGUUUCUGAAUGAGGUAGCCCUCGGCAAAGAGCAUACCAUUACCAAAGACAACAGUUCCCUGAAGAAGGCUCCUGCAGGCUGUGACAGUGUGGUGGCACGAGGCAGUGUGGAACCAGAUCCCUCCAAGGACAUCUUCAUCACCCUGGAUGGAAAGAAAGUUGCUGUACCACAGGGUAAGCCCAUAAAUCAGGCCCAGUUUUCAGACAGCUACUUCGGCAACAGCGAAUAUCUCAUCUACAAAGAGAGCCAGUGUCGCAUCCGCUACCUGCUGGAGCUGCUCAUGUAUUGAUCAUUCAAAUCAAAGAACGAAGCAGGUCCUUUAAAAAUGAGAAGUUCCUCGUUGCCUCUUUGUGAUGGGCUUCCUACUACGCUUGGAUAUGCUGUUUUCUUAUCUAAAAUGGCUACUGUCUUUACUAUUACAAUGAUUGUGUAGAUGUUUCUACAAUCAUGCAUAAAUGACUAAUUCUUUUACGUGCCUUAUGCUUCUUACAUUUGUGAUAGACUGCACUUCUUCUUUUGCACAUACUAACAAACUAUACUUGCUAUUUCCUUUACCAUGAAAAAAUGGUAGUUUGCACUAGCAACUGCAACUGGUUUCUAAAUGUCUGAUAAACAGCAUUUUAUUUGCACACUUUUGAUUUUAAAUUGCCUACUGCACCUUGUGUUCUAUUUGGUAUCUCACUUCUAGUUUUAGUAGCCUGCUUUUUGAACAUUACUUAAAUCCCAGUGGGUUUGUUUUAUUUUAUUUUUUUUGGAAAAGAGUUCUAUCCCUCAGGAAGAAGAUAUUGUGGAUGUUUAGAGAGGAUUGCCGCAUGCCUUUACAGUUACACAAACCUUUUCAAAUAAUAUUAAUAUAUGGCAAAAGCAAAACCUAUAUACUAUGCACAUACAUGACAACAGAAGUAUUAAGUGCAAGUUGUUGCUAAUGUUCAAGAAUGGUUACAAAUUUUGUGUUUACUUGAGCUCUUGAGAAAAACUGACUGUAAAACAAUAUGUGUCAUGAAUAGCUUUGUCUUGCACAGUAGACCUUCUAGCUUUAUCUCAAAUACAACCGUGUGGUGUCAGUAAUGAGCAAGGCCCUUUGAAAUAAAACUGCCUCAGCAUAUUUGCACUAUGACAUUACUUGAACCCGUGGUUAGUAAAUAAACUAAAUUUCCCCUGCA